UAAAAACAAAUCCCAUCGUUUUGUGUCUUAAUUUUGUGACAUGGAAUUAGUUGUUACAUAGGCGGAAGUUGUAAAACGAGAAGAGGGGAAAUGUUCUAACUUGUACUCUGGAAAAGGGAAAAGGGGGCUUGGAAACUUGGGAAUGUCCUUUUUUUGUAACUUGGACUGCUGACGCGUCCGGCAGCUGCCUGUACUCCUCCUUCCUUCUUUCUUUCCAGAAGAAGACGAAGGAGAAGCGGCAUAUUCGGAGUUUGUUACGCCAUGUUGCUGCGCUACCCGAUUUAUGUUUUUGUGGUCUUGCUGUCCCCGACCAAAUGCUAUUUCUCCGAGGAGAGAUAUCCCGAAGAGUCGAGAAUGCAGCCUCCGACGGUGGUGGUCGCCAUCAUAGCCAGGAACGCUGCUCACUCGCUGCCUUACUACCUCGGAGCCCUGGAGAGGCUCGACUACCCGAAAAAUCGCAUCUCGGUGUGGGCAGCCACAGAUCACAAUGCAGAUAACACCACAGCCGUGCUGAAAGAGUGGCUCACCAUCAUGCAGAAGUUCUACCACUACGUGGAGUGGAGACCCAUGGAGCAGCCUGUGUCCUACGUCGGAGAGUUUGGACCAAAACACUGGCCGAACAGCAGAUACGAGUAUGUGAUGAAGCUAAAGCAGGCAGCGCUCAACUUUGCUAGGAAACGCUGGGCUGACUACAUCCUGUAUGCAGACACCGACAACAUCCUGACCAACCCCGACACCCUCAACCUGCUGAUCGCUGAGAACAAGUCAGUCAUAGCCCCCAUGCUGGACUCUCAGGGAGCGUACUCCAACUACUGGUGUGGAAUCACGCCACAGGGCUAUUAUCGAAGGACAGCAGAGUAUUUCCCCACCCGCCACCGCCACCGCUCGGGCUGCUUCCCCGUCCCAAUGGUGCACUCUACCAUGUUGCUGGACUUACGAAAGGCGGGAAUGAAGAAACUGGCUUUCUACCCUCCUCACAAGGAGUACUCGUGGCCCUACGACGACAUCAUCGUCUUUGCCUUCUCCUGCCGAGCCGCAGAAAUUCAAAUGUACUUAUGCAACAAGGAGCGCUACGGCUACUUGAAUCUCCCGGCCAAACCUCACCACACUCUGGAGGACGAUCGCCUCAACUUUGUCCACGUCCACUUGGAGUCCAUGAUUGACGGGCCUCCUAUGAGACCUUCCCGAUACGUCCACAUGUUCCCCAAGCAGAGAGACCUCAUGGGCUUCGAUGAGAUUUACCUGAUUAAUCUGCGCCGGCGGCCCGACCGCAGAGACAGGAUGUUGUUCUCCCUGAACGAGCUGGAGGUCGACGUCAAGGUGGUCGACGCCGUGGAUGGGAAUGCACUGAACAGCAGCGACAUCAAGAUUCUGGGGGUGGACUUGCUACCGGGCUACUACGACCCGUUCUCGGGACGUACCCUCACCAAAGGGGAGGUGGGCUGCUUCCUCAGCCACUUCUACAUCUGGAAGGAGAUGGUGGACAUGCAGCUGGACAAAGCCCUGGUGCUCGAAGACGACGUCCGCUUCCAGGCAAACUUUAAACGACGCGUUUUGAAACUGAUGGAGGAGGUGGAGCAAGUGGAGCUGGACUGGGACUUCAUAUACUUCGGCAGGAAGCAGGUGAACCCCACUAAAGAGGAAGCGGUGGACGGCGUCCAGAACCUGGUGGUGGCCGACUAUUCCUACUGGACCCUCUCGUACGCCAUCUCCCAGCAGGGGGCCCAGAAGCUGCUGAACGCAGAGCCGCUUUCCAAGAUGCUUCCCGUCGAUGAAUUCCUCCCCAUCAUGUACGACAAACAUCCCAACGAGGACUACAAGUCCCACUUCCCCAACAGGAACUUACAAUCCUUCAGCACGCGCCCGCUCCUGGUGCAACCCUGCCACUACGCCGGCGACCCCCAGUGGGUGAGCGACACCGAGACGUCCACGCUGUGGGACGACGACACCGUGCGCACCGACUGGAGGGGCUCCCACAAGACACUGAAAGGCGGCGUACCGCCACCCGAGAUGCUGUCGGCCUCCUACAGGGACGAGCUUUAGAAGCGGCGGCAGGCGAGAAAGAGAGGUGAAUGUCGUCGGGGCAAGAAGUGUUUUCGCACAAUCCCCACAGUGUGUCGCGCGGACCAACCUAAAGGUGGGAUUUCCUGCAGAGCGCACUGCAUAGCGAUGUCAUGACGCGGCAGGACGGUGGGUGGGGUUACUGCAUUUUUUAGUUUUUCAGGGACCGCUUUUAUUACGACUUGCACAACAAAAAAAAAUUUUUUUUUUACAGAGAAAAGACAUUUUUAACAUUCUGAAUGUGUCAUUGUGACAAACUAUUCAUUUGUUUGCUCAUGAACAAAUGUACCUCAUCAGUGAACUCAGUAGACAUUUCAUUAGGUACACCUACACAAUCUGAGAGACAAUGAAAAAAAAACCAAAUAAGAAUCGACCGUUACAAGAUAAUUAUGGGGGGGGUUGUUUUGUUUUGACACUGCAGGACAGUGCAGGGGUGUCAAAUUUUUAGGCCAUGUCAUAGUUUGCCAAAAAUCACGUUCUACUACCUACGCUAGGGUGUCGUUGGGUUCAUAACAGUAUUGUAAGGUUACAAACUGCUUAUCUGUUGUGUAUACAAACAUUUCAAAUGAAUCGUCAUCGGUUUAAAUCUUUUCAACAGCACUAAGUUGUGUUCUUCUUUGGAUAUUUCAGAUAUACGUGACCGCAAAAGUAACGGCGUGAAUUGUUGUGCCGUGAAAACAAUGAUGAUGGCGUUGGUUAUUACUUGGGCUCUCACUAAAGGGUGCAGGACAGUGCCAGGAAUGUUUUUUUUUACUGUGCGACAUUUUUCUUUUUGUUGUUUACAUAUACAGGAUAUAAACAUGGCUAGCCACAAGCUGAA